AUGUUUCGGAAUAGUCUUAAGAUGCUUCUUACUGGUGGGAAGUCAAGUCGUAAAAACAGAUCAAGUGAUGGAGGGAGCGAGGAACCACCGGAUCGAAGACAGUCAAGUGUAGACUCUCGCCAAAGCCGCUCUGGGCAAGGUGGCAUCUCCGCAGAAAGCGACGGUGCUUUUGGGCCCGACUGCGCUAUCCCACCACUUCCCGUGAGUGAAGGUAUGCAGCACAUUCGGAUGAUGGAGGGCGUGUCGCGCUCUCUUCCAUCCUCCCCCCUCCUCACACACCAGUCUGUCAGUGUUCGGCUCCAGCCUGUGAAGAAGUUGACUGCCCCUCUGAGGAAGGCAAAGUAUGUUGAGAGCCCACGAAUUCCAGAAUCCGAGCUUGGCUCACCAACCCUCGCUUCAGCUCAGAAACUGGACGUGGAUGCAUACUGCCCCGGUGAUGCUGAACAGGAGCUUGGCCCCCCUCCAUCUGUAGACGAGGCAGCAAACACACUCAUGACUCGCCUGGGUUUCCUCCUUGGAGAGAAGGUCACAGAAGCUCAGCCAGGCGACCAGUACAGCAUGGACGUGCAGGAUGAGAGUCAGGCCUCUGCAGCCAGCCAGCGCAUCAGCCCCUGCUCCACCCUGACGAGCAGCACCGCCUCUCCGCCAGCCGGGAGCCCCUGCUCUACCCUCCCACCCCCCGGCACGAAAGCCACUGCCAAGGACUGCAGCUACGGGGCUGUCACCAGUCCAACCUCCACCCUCGAAAGCAGAGACAGUGGCAUCAUUGCUACAUUGACAAGCUAUUCUGAAAACAUGGAACGCUCAAAAUAUGUUGGGGAAAGCAGUAAAGAAUUGGGAUCUGGAGGAAACCUAAAGCCUUGGCAGUCUCAAAAAUCCAGCAUGGACUCCUGUUUGUAUCGAGUAGAUGAAAACCUGACUGCCUCCACCUAUAGCCUGAAUAAGAUACCAGAGAGGAAUUUGGAAACAGUAUUGUCGCAGUCAGUGCAAUCUAUUCCUUUGUAUCUCAUGCCACGGCCAAAUUCAGUAGCAGCCACCAGCUCUGCCCACUUGGAGGACCUUGCUUACCUGGAUGAACAGAGACAUACACCUUUGAGAACUUCUCUUCGAAUGCCAAGACAGAGUAUGGGUGGUGCUCGUACACAGCAGGACUUAAGAGUUCGCUUUGCACCUUAUAGGCCUCCAGAUAUCUCCCUGAAACCGCUCCUCUUUGAAGUACCCAGCAUCACUACAGAGUCGGUGUUUGUUGGCCGGGAUUGGGUUUUCCACGAAAUAGAUGCUCAACUGCAGAGUUCAGACGCCAGCGUGAACCAAGGAGUAGUGAUUGUGGGAAACAUUGGGUUUGGCAAAACCGCCAUCAUCUCUAGACUGGUGGCCCUCAGCUGCCAUGGUACGCGGAUGAGACAGAUCGCCUCAGACAGCCCACAUGCCUCCCCUAAACAUGCGGAUGCCAACAGAGAGCUGCCACUCACACAGCCACCUUCAGCCCACUCCUCCAUCACCAGUGGAAGCUGCCCAGGAACUCCAGAAAUGCGUAGGCGGCAGGAGGAGGCCAUGCGAAGACUCGCCGCACAGGUGGUGGCGUAUCAUUACUGCCAGGCAGACAACGCCUACACCUGCCUGGUGCCCGAGCUCGUCCACAACGUCGCAGCCCUGCUCUGCCGCUCUCCACAGCUGGCAGCCUACCGGGAGCAGCUUCUCCGGCAGCCACACCUACAGAGCAUGCUGAGCCUUCGCUCCUGUGUGCAGGACCCCCUGGCCUCCUUCCGGAGGGGCGUGCUGGAGCCCCUAGAGAGUCUCCACAGAGAGAGAAAAAUCCCAGAUGAAGAUUUCAUCAUUUUAAUUGAUGGAUUAAAUGAAGCAGAAUUUCACAAACCGGAUUACGGGGAUACAAUUGUAUCAUUUCUGAGUAAAAUGAUUGGAAAAUUUCCUUCUUGGCUCAAACUAAUUGUAACAGUUAGGACCAGUUUACAGGAAAUCACCAAGCUGCUGCCUUUCCACAGGAUUUUUUUGGAUCACCUGGAAGAGAAUGAAGCCAUAGACCAGGACCUGCAGGCUUACAUCCUGCACCGGAUACACAGCAGCGCCGAAAUCCAGAGCAACAUCUCACUCAAUGGCAAAAUGGACAACACUGCCUUUGGCAAACUCAGCUCUCAUCUCAAAACCCUCAGCCAAGGGUCCUACCUAUACCUGAAACUCACAUUUGACCUCAUAGAAAAAGGCUACCUAGUGUUAAAGAGCUCUAGCUAUAAAGUAGUUCCUGUCUCGCUCUCAGAGGUCUACUUACUGCAGUGCAACAUGAAAUUCCCAACCCAGUCUUCCUUUGACCGGGUGAUGCCUCUCCUGAAUGUGGCAGUGGCCUCGCUCCACCCACUGACUGAUGAGCACAUCUUCCAGGCCAUCAAUGCUGGUAGCAUUGAAGGCACUCUGGAGUGGGAGGAUUUUCAACAGAGAAUGGAGAACCUCUCCAUGUUCCUGAUCAAGCGCAGAGACAUGACGCGUAUGUUUGUGCAUCCUUCUUUUCGCGAAUGGCUUAUCUGGAGAGAAGAAGGAGAGAAGACCAAAUUUCUAUGUGAUCCCAGGAGUGGUCACACAUUACUUGCCUUCUGGUUUUCUCGUCAAGAGGGAAAACUAAACCGACAGCAGACUAUUGAACUGGGACAUCACAUCCUCAAAGCACACAUUUUUAAGGGUUUGAGUAAAAAAGUUGGUGUGUCGUCGUCCAUCCUCCAAGGUCUCUGGAUCUCCUAUAGCACAGAAGGCCUUUCCAUGGCGCUGGCAUCUUUACGCAAUCUCUACACUCCGAAUAUAAAGGUCAGCCGACUGCUGAUCUUGGGAGGUGCCAACAUCAAUUACCGGACAGAGGUCUUAAACAAUGCUCCAAUUCUCUGUGUUCAGUCUCAUCUGGGCUACACAGAAAUGGUGGCCCUGCUGUUAGAGUUUGGGGCCAACGUGGAUGCCUCUUCUGAAAGCGGCCUCACACCCCUGGGAUACGCCGCCGCAGCAGGAUGCCUGGGCAUUGUGGUACUGCUGUGCAAGAGACGGGCCAAGGUGGACCACUUGGAUAAGAAUGGACAGUGUGCUCUGGUCCAUGCUGCCCUCCGAGGACACCUGGAGGUUGUCAAAUUUCUGAUUCAGUGCGACUGGACGAUGGCUGGUCAGCAGCAAGGGGUGUUCAGGAAGAGCCACGCCAUCCAGCAGGCCCUCAUUGCCGCAGCCAGCAUGGGCUACACCGAGAUUGUCUCCUACCUGCUUGAUCUUCCAGAAAAAGAUGAAGAGGAAGUGGAGCGAGCACAGAUCAACAGCUUCGACAGCCUCUGGGGAGAGACAGCCCUGACAGCUGCGGCCGGAAGAGGCAAACUGGAGGUGUGCCGUCUGCUGUUGGAACAAGGGGCAGCAGUGGCUCAGCCAAACCGCCGAGGGGCCGUGCCGCUGCUCAGCACUGUCCGUCAGGGCCACUGGCAGAUCGUUGAUCUCUUACUCACCCACGGAGCUGAUGUCAACAUGGCAGACAAGCAGGGCCGCACUCCCCUGAUGAUGGCUGCUUCCGAAGGCCAUCUGGGCACUGUGGACUUUCUGCUUGCCCAAGGUGCCUCCAUUGCUCUGAUGGACAAGGAGGGGCUGACGGCCCUCAGCUGGGCAUGCCUGAAGGGCCACCUCUCGGUCGUACGUUCUCUGGUGGACAGCGGGGCUGCCACCGACCAUGCGGACAAGAACGGCCGCACCCCCCUGGAUCUGGCUGCUUUCUAUGGUGAUGCUGAAGUGGUGCAGUUCCUGGUGGAUCACGGGGCCAUGAUCGAGCACGUCGACUACAGCGGGAUGCGCCCCCUGGACAGGGCGGUGGGGUGCCGGAACACCUCUGUGGUCGUCACUCUUCUCAAGAAAGGAGCCAAGAUAGGUCCCGCCACGUGGGCGAUGGCCACCUCCAAGCCAGACAUCAUGAUCAUCCUGCUGAGCAAGCUGAUGGAGGAGGGGGACGUGUUCUACAAGAAAGGCAAAGUCAAGGAGGCUGCCCAGCGUUACCAGUAUGCCCUGAAGAAGUUCCCGAGGGAAGGCUUUGGCGAGGACUUGAAAACCUUCCGGGAGCUGAAGGUGUCUCUCCUCCUCAACCUGUCUCGAUGCCGCAGGAAGAUGAACGAUUUUGGAAUGGCGGAGGAAUUUGCUACUAAGGCCCUGGAGCUGAAACCGAAAUCUUACGAAGCUUACUAUGCGAGAGCAAGGGCAAAGCGCAGCAGCAGGCAGUUUGCCGCAGCUCUGGAGGACCUGAACGAGGCCAGCAAGCUCUGCCCGAACAACCGCGAGAUCCAGAGGCUGCUGCUGAGAGUGGAAGAGGAGUGCAGGCAGACGCAGCCGCCACCACCGCAGCUGCCGGAGGAAGCGGAGCUGGCGCCGCAGCAGGAGGACGCGUACUCGGUGCAGGACAUGCUCGAGGAGGCGUUUCUGGAGCAGGACAUGGAGAACAUGUCCGUCGGCCUCCAGACGGAGGCCCGGCCCGGCCAGGGGCUGCCUGCGCUCCCGAGCCCGCCGCCCUCCCCGCUGCUGCACUCGCAGAGCGUGGGCCUCCGCUUCUCGCCCUCCAGCACCAGCCUCUCGUCCACCUCCAGCCUGACGCCCACCUUCCGGCCGGCCGCCUCCGUCCAGCAGAUGGAGAUCCCGCUGAAGCCAGCCUACGAGCGGGCGUGUGACGAGCUGUCGCCCGUGUCUCCCACCCAGGGAGGCUACCCCAGCGAGCCCACCCGAUCCAGGACCACACCGUUCAUGGGGAUCAUAGACAAGACCGCCCGGACCCAGCAGUACCCCCAUCUCCACCAGCAGAGUCGGGCCUGGGCAGUGUCAUCCGUGGACGCCGUCCUCAGUCCCACGUCCCCGGGCAGCCCGCCGUCCGCCAUCAGCAACAUCGCCUUCUACAACAAGACCAACAACGCCCAGAACGGCCACCUGCUGGAGGAUGAGUGCUACAGCCCCCACGGGAUGCUGGCCAACGGCUCUCGUGGAGACCUCUUGGAGCGAGUCAGCCAGGCCGCCUCCUACCCCGACGUGAAGGUGGCGCGGACCCUCCCCGUGGCUCAGGCAUACCAGGACAACCUGUACAGGCAGCUGUCCCGAGACUCGCGGCAAGGGCAGACGUCCCCUAUCAAACCAAAGAGACCGUUUGUGGAGUCUAAUGUCUGAGCGGCGUGUGUGGGCGUGAGCCCGUGUGUUCCCACUGCCCUUCUUCAGGCCUGGUUUUCACAUCUGAAGGAGUUUUCUGGCUUAAUUUCUCAUGUCGUUUCUGUGGUGUUCAGAGGUGGCAGCCCCAUGCCGAGUCCUUUGCAUGCAGCCGACCAGGACUCUGGCCCGCGCCGGGACUCCGGGCCUCGUCCGUGCCAGCCACCCGGGCUCCCUCUUCAGACGCAGGAGGUCUUCGAGCCGUGUGCUUCAGCCAGGGCGGUCAGACCGCUGGUCAGCUUUUCCAGGAGACAAUCGCUUUCACUGAUGUUCCUGUUGUGUACAUGUCUUUUUCCUUUUUUAGAAAAAUAAGGUGUUCUCGUUGGUUUUCUCCUCUGAACUCUGGAAGGGGCGUGGCGCCCUUUUCCUCUGUACUCUGCCGGUGUCAUCCCUAUAGCCCGCCCCAGUGCAUCCGGGUGCCAUGGUCUCUCCCCAGACCCAGCACCCUGUCGGCACUGGGUCUAGAACAUUCAGGAGGGUUAUUGCCAGUCUUCCCAUUGGGGUGAAAGGGCCAGAAAGAAGACACGUCUGCUAAGUUGGAAGGAAACCCCAAUAUAGUUAUUUGAAAUGUCACUACCUUGAUUUUUCCAAGAGUCAUUUUAGGAAGAUUUAGAAAACUGCCAGCCCUUUAAAUAUUUCAGUCAGGAAAUUAGAUGAGAAUUGUGGGUAUUUUUAAAGAAUGCACUAAGAGUUAUUCUCCAGAUUUUUAGCCAACGAUUAACGACUAAAAGCUACUGAUUUUCCAGGGGUGGGAGAGGGCAUAGAGAGAGAAAGAAAAAGGGAAAUAACAGAGGGCAGAAAGAGAAAGAAAAAAUGGUUCUGGGUUCUCAGUGAAGGGGCAUAGAAACCUGUCUGGACGAAGGCUGCUGGCCGGGUCCCAGGUCAUCCCGCUGGCUGGCCGGUGCGAUCAUCUGUGGGUCGGAGUUUCCCCUAGAGUCAAGUUUGUUCUGCUGGCCUCCUCAUAAACGCAGAUGGCGCCGUAAA